CUCGGCUGCCGCUGCCUGGCACUGGAACCAGGAAGGCGGUGAGCUUAAACUGAAGCAAGUUUGGAGGACGCCGGCGGCGCUCAGACUUGAAGAAACGUUUCCACGUCUUGGGCCCUUGCGAGUGAACGCGAGGUGUGAGCCCGAAGGCCAGGACCCAGAAAUGGGACGCCGGUCAUCAGAUACUGAAGAAGAAAGCAGAACCAAGAGAAAAAAGAAACACCGUAGACGGUCAUCUUCAAGUAGUUCUUCAGAUAGCAGAACGUACAGCCGAAAGAAAGGUGGAAGGAAAUCAAGGUCAAAGUCAAGAUCUUGGUCCAGAGAUCUUCAGCCUCGCUCACAUUCUUAUGAUAGAAGACGCAGGCAUCGAUCAAGCAGCAGCUCUUCUUACGGCUCUAGAAGAAAACGAAGUCGAAGUCGUUCACGGGGUCGAGGGAAAUCCUAUAGAGUUCAGAGAUCUAGGUCAAAAAGCAGAACAAGAAGAACCUCUGGUGGACAUUUGGGUCUCUUCGUUCUACAUUUGUUCUGCCAGUUGCUUCUUAGGCGAUUGGUCAUAUACAUACUGAGUGUCAUGAAAAGAUGUUUUAUCAUUGAGAUUCCAAAGGAUAUGGAACUCUUCUUUCCAGAGGGUGUCUUCCAUCCUCAAGCUGUGGAAUACAACCUAAAGAACAGAGCUCUCUGGUUAGAGACCAGAACAUUUCUGUUAACUUGUAAAGCUGGUGGGCUGUGUGGGCUGUCAGCUGAUCGCACCAGCAAGGAGAACACUUGGGGCUGCACCUGUGAAGCCACUCUCCCUCCAGCCUGCUGCAAUGGCCAGGGCCACAGGUCCAGGUCAAGACCUCGUCCACGCUCCCAUAGUCGAAGCAGUGAAAGGUCCAGUCACAGAAGAACCCGUAGUCGUUCUCGGGAUAGGGAACGACGUAAAGGCAGAGAUAAGGAGAAAAGAGACAAGGAAAAGGAUAAAGGCAAGGACAAGGAAUCACACAACUUCAAACGUGGGGAAUCUGGAAACAUCAAAGCUGGAUUAGAACAUCUGCCACCAGCGGAACAGGCCAAAGCCAGACUACAGCUGGUUCUUGAAGCUGCUGCUAAAGCUGAUGAAGCAUUGAAAGCCAAAGAAAGAAAUGAAGAAGAAGCAAAGAGAAGAAAGGAGGAAGACCAAGCCACCCUGGUAGAACAAGUAAAAAGAGUAAAAGAAAUUGAAGCCAUUGAAAGUGAUUCUUUUGUUCAGCAGACGUUCAGAUCCAGUAAAGAAGUCAAAAAGUCAGUGGAACCUACUGAAGUGAAGCAUACAACUGCAGCUUCAGGACAAGCAUCAGUAGCUGCUGAUACACCCACUAAUGAAAAGGAAAUAGACCCUAGCAUUAUCCCUACGACCAUCAAGUACCAAGAUGAUAAUUCUCUGGCGCAUCCAAAUUUAUUUAUUGAGAAAGCUGAUGCUGAGGAAAAGUGGUUCAAAAGAUUAAUUGCUCUCCGACAAGAAAGGCUAAUGGGCAGUCCUGUGGCCUAAUUAAUAUACAUAUAGUUGAAUUAAUAGUAACAUUGGAAGUUAAGGUUUUUAAGUCCCAAUAAUAACUUUUUACUUUUAAAAAGAAUUAAGUUAAUUAUAUAAAAAGGUUAUCUCAUUUCAUUCUUUCCUCGGGUAGGAUUGAAUAUUUGUUGAUUUGAAUUUAUUCAAACAUUGUGAAUAUUAAAACUAGUGUAAGUUUUAAGAAUGCGUGCAAAUGUCAUACUGUUAAUAAAGCUAAUCCUAAAAAUA